AGCUGAGGGAAGGCAAUGGAGGAGCGCAGAGGGAGGGAGGGAGGAAGGGAGCAAAGCAAGGGAGCAAAGGGGGGCGAGGAGGAGGCCACAAGAUGGUCGCCGGGCAGUGGUGGGGCUGCGUCACCUCCUUCCUCCGAGACCCCAGCCAAUAUUUUCGGGUGUGUGGCCAGCAGGUGUGGUGUCGUGGUGGCAGGGGUGGAGGAAGUGACCCUGGAGUCAACACGCACAGUGGUGGUGGCGCCACCUUCACCCACCUCAGAGAUGUCAGGGGAUCACAAAAAGGUGAUCAAGGGGAGUCCUUCACAGUAUGUGAAACUGAAUGUUGGUGGCUCCCUCCACUACACCACCAUUGGCACCCUCACCAAGCAUGACAACAUGCUGAGGGCCAUGUUCUCUGGCCGCAUGGAGGUCUUAACGGACUCUGAGGGGUGGAUCCUUAUUGAUCGCUGUGGGAAACAUUUUGGCACCAUCCUUAACUACCUGCGUGACGAGUGGAUCCCCAUUCCUGAGAACCAGCGAGAGUUGCAGGAGCUUCUAGCUGAGGCGAGGUACUAUUGCAUGAGUGACCUGGUGGAGGUGUGUGAAGGGGCAGUGAGACAACGUGAACCUGAGAAAGACCCAGUAUGUCGUGUGCCACUCAUCACCUCACAGAGGGAGGAACAGAUGCUCAUUCAGUCCACCAGUAAGCCUGUGGUGAAGCUGCUGGUGAACAGACACAACAAUAAGUACUCUUACACAAGCACAUCAGAUGACAACUUGCUGAAGAAUAUUGAGCUGUUUGACCGGUUAUCCCUGAGGUUCAGUCGGAGAGUUCUGUUUAUUAAAGAUGUAAUUGGCUCCAAUGAGAUUUGUUUGUGGGCAUUCUAUGGGCAUGGCAAGAAGCUGGCUGAGGUUUGCUGCACUUCCAUAGUCUAUGCUACUGACAGAAAACAUACAAAGGUGGAAUUUCCUGAAGCAAGAAUAUAUGAAGAGACCCUCAAUGUAUUACUGUAUGAAAAUCGAACAGGCCCGGAUGCAGAACUAAUGCAAGCAACCUCCACGAGAGGAGCAGUGGCACCCGUUGUCUGCACCUCUGAUGAUGAAGAAGAACGGCGGGGAGGUGCAUGCUCUCAGUCUGGCCUUGGGCGGUUACGUUCUAACAAGAACAACUAGUUGGUUACAUGACAGUCAGGGAGUGAAGGUGGGAUCACCACAUCACAUUUGGAUCUGUUUUCAGGAGACAAGUUGAGGUCUGUCUUAUCUCCAGGGGCCUUGCUCAAGCCAAUUUCCUAGAAGUUGCCUAUGACUGUGGGAACUUAUUCAGCUGACAUAGGAUUUCUAUUUGGCUGUGGAAGCUCUUUGACAAUAAUUGUCAUAAGUUGUAGUGUAUGAGCUCACCUAGUUGUUAUUCAUGAGUCUCUGCCCCUGAGGCCUGUGAAUGGAUGCCAAGUGAUAGUGACUGAGCUUGUUUUCUUCAUAACAGACAUGGGGAACACCAACUAAUUGGUGUCUUGACUGUGAUUUCCAGACUAUGGAUGAAUUUAGAUGGCAUUGUCUUGUUCCACCUUCAGUUACUAAGGUCACUUAUACAGAGGUAAUUUUGUUUGCUAGGUGCUUUGUAUUAUGUUUUAUAUAUUUUUUUAAUCAGAUAGGGAGAAAUGGCCAUACCUGUUGAUGGGCUCUGCUUGGCUGCUUCCUCUCAGCAUUUCCUUUGGAGCUUGGAGCAUUUGUUAUGUUCUUGGCAAAUGAGGGUCUAGUGAGGGACUUGCCUGAUUAUUUUCCAAGAAGCACUUCUGUGAUGAAUGUAAUUUAAAUAUAUUCAGGGAAAUUGCAUCGUCAAGAGUUUGUGCAUUAGACUAAAGAUGACUGAAGGAUUUGUGUUACCUAAGCAACCCCAGUAAUGCUGCCAUACUGGGAAUUGUUAUACAUAUAGGCUGCAUAUUAUAGGUAUGAAGCAUUCAUUGUUACCUCCAGAUACUGUCCUCACUUUACGUGUCAGUGCCCUGCCAGAGGGGCCAUACCGUCAUAGCUUUUUAUUUUGUUGAAGAUCAGUUUUGAGAAAGGUGCAUCGUGAUUAUCAUUAUUUGUAUGAGAGUUUUUUAGUAUGAAUGUUUGGUUUGUGAGGCAAUUUUUUGAUACAAGAAAUGUUAUGAACACUUACUUGAUGAUGAGAUACUUUCUAGUAGUCUUUAGUUCAGGUGUGAGGCAUUAGGGUAGGCACACUAGCAGAUUUUGUAGAAUAUAUUUAUUUACCUACUUUAAAAAAAGUGUUCGUCGUUGCUUCAGGAAAGUAUCUGUAUGGGAUGGCACAUGCCACCUACCAUUCCAUCACUAUCAACUUUAGUUCACAACCUGCCAUUCUCCUUAUUCCAACUUCCCUUUCCUACCUGUUCUUGCAUUUCUCCCAUUCCUCUCAGCACUUCAUUCCUGCACCUUUCUCAACUGCACAGAUACUUUUCCAAGACAAACUGUACCUCCCCAGUCGAAAAAGAAUGAUUUAUAAAGUGAGAGAGAGAGUUCACAUCAUGCAAUAUUGUGUAAAUGGUAAUCUCAUUAGAUUUAUUAGGCUCAAGGGGAAAACUUUAUAGUAAGAUAGAGUCCUGAGCAUUUGGUUUGGUACUGAAAAAGAUCCCUGCAUUCAGAGUAGCUUCCUGGAUUGAACUUGGUGUGUAUGCAUGUGGCUGAGGAAAGAUUGUAACUAGGACCAGAAGCAUGGAUAGUACAUACUGGUUUAUUGACUCAUGAUACUGAUAAUUGUUGGUGAUAACAAAUAUAGGAAGGAAAGGAUUCUGUAUUGAAGCUCUAUUGUGUAGUGGUGGUGUAGUUAUGAGGAAAGACUUCAUAUUACAAGACAGUGGUGAUGUUGUGGGGUGAGUUCUGUGAUACCAUUGGUGUAAAGCAUGACAGGAGAGUGGAUGGGCUCACUAGUUCUAGUAUUGAUAAUAUCAGUGAAACCAUUGACCACUCAGUUUUUAAAUUUUUUUUUUAUUUUUUUUUUUUUUAUUUAUACCUGGCUAUCACAAAUUACCAACUCCCAACUGCAUUCUCAUGAAAGCUACACACCCAAGGAAAUAGUUCCUAUGGUUACAAAAAGGAAGCAGUGUUGUCCAGGAGGAGGGUAUGCUGGUAUUCUAUGAGCCAUACCUCAUAUAUGUGACAAUUCUGAAAGAACUGUAUCAUGUAGUUCUAAUACACAUGGACUUCAUAUCUGCUACAUUACCUGAUGCCCUUGACUGCCCAUGACAGGGAGUGAAUGUAGCCAGUCAUUGCUGCUAUUCAUGGAACUGGUCCUAGGCUUGACUGUGACUGCCAAGGUGCAUAUAAAAGCCAUUAUUUUUGUGUUCAACAGUAUUCAUGGCAUUGGCACCAUAUGAACAUUGUUACAUGCAAACUGUAGAGGAGUUGGGAAACGCAUCAUGUUUAUAAUAACUUUACUGUCUCACUAUACAAAUGUGUGUAGGGAAACUAUACUCGCCUCUGAGGGAACCAAUGUUGUUUUUCCAAAGUACUUAGUAGAUUAUCAGAAAAUACCUUCAGAUGCCAAAGUGUAUACUCCUCUCUUUCAACCAAAACUUACAAUUGGGGUUUAUACAUUUUUAUUAUUAUUUGUUACUUGAGGCUAAUUGGUUGUCUCUGAGCAAGGUGUGUGUGUUAAAAUUUUUCAUUACUUCUUCCUGCAAGUAAGAUUGCUUCUUUUCACAAAUUUGUUCCAUAGUUAAUGCCUUUUCAUUUCAGGUGCAGUAAGUUGACAUCCCUCUCAAAUAGGCUUGUGCGCGCUCUCUCUCUCUCUCUCUCUCUCUCUCUCUCUCUCUCGGAUGGUUUAGAUUGUUUGCUGUGCUAGUGGUCAGAAAUUCUGAAUUUUCUUUUCUUCCAUGGUGGAAGAGCUCUGACAGCCAGUUAGCCUUUGUCUUAUGUUAGGUGACCUCCACUUGUAAGAUUUGAAUGAAGAGAGCAUGAUUUAGCUUGUAAUGUAACUUGAUCACUCAUGUUACCCUGACAAGGUAGCUGUUGGAUCUGAGACUUUGUCCAUGAAGUGUUCUUGUUUAAGGGCUAGUCUUGUUUUUUUAUAUAAUGUGAUACAAAUAAAUAUUUACAAGAUAAUGUGAUAUAAAUAAAUAUUUACAUAAUA